AUGGAACUGCUACCAGAUGGCAAGAAAAACACCGUGCAGGUGCAGUACGAGGACCAGAUGCGGAUCAACGAGUUCUCGAAGCUGAUCAUGCGGAAGGACAAGCUGGACGCGGAUCUCGCCCGCGAACGCACCGAGAAGGAGUACCUCGACGACGUCUCGCUCGAACUGGAGCUCGUAGACGAGGAUGAGCUCGUGCAGUACAAGCUCGGUGAGGUGUUUGUAUUUUGGAAACAGAGCAAAGUGCUGGAACAACUCGAACGGGACGCAGAGGAGCUUGACAGCAGGAUAGCUGUGCUGGAGCAGACGGACGGCGAACUACAGGACAGGAUGACGGAAUUGAAGACUCAGUUGUACGCCAAGUUUGGCGAUAACAUCAACUUGGAGCGCUAG